AUGGCUUACCCCAACACCAGCAUAUUGACAGCCAACCUCAGUGGAACUUUAGACAGCCAUGACUCAGGGGGAAACAUCUAUCGGCCUUUCUCUGUUUUCAGUGUGCUCACUCUUACUUUGCUGGCAAUGCUGGUGGCGGCCACCUUCGUGUGGAACUUACUGGUGUUGGUGACCAUUCUGAGGGUGAGGACAUUCCACCGUGUGCCACACAACCUGGUAGCUUCCAUGGCCAUUUCUGAUGUCAUGGUGGCCGCUCUGGUCAUGCCGCUCAGCCUCGUCCACGAGCUGAACGGCAGGCUGUGGAAACUGGGCCGUGUGCUGUGCCAGGUGUGGAUCUCCUUUGAUGUGCUCUGCUGCACGGCUAGCAUCUGGAACGUGACAGCCAUCGCACUGGACCGUUACUGGUCUAUCACCAGGCACCUGGAGUACACACUCAAGACACGUAAAAAGAUCUCCAAUGUGAUGAUCGCCCUGACGUGGCUGCUGUCCUCCAUCAUCUCCCUGUCGCCUCUCUUUGGUUGGGGAGAAACCUACUCAGAGGGGAUGAAGUGCCAGGUGAGCCAGGAGCCAUCAUAUACGAUUUUCUCCACCUUCGGAGCAUUUUACCUCCCCCUCUGUGUGGUGCUGUUUGUCUAUUGGAAGAUCUACAAGGCAGCCAAGUUCCGGAUUGGCUCUCGGAAGACCAACACAAUCACACCGAUGGCUGAGGUGAUUAAGGUAAAGGAGGAAACACAGCAGCCCCAGAUGGUAUUUACUGUGCGCCAUGCCACCGUGACCUUCCAGACAGAUGGGGACACUUGGCGCGAGCAAAAGGAGAAAAAGGCUGCGCUGAUGGUAGGCAUUUUGAUUGGCGUGUUUGUACUUUGUUGGAUCCCCUUUUUCAUCACCGAGCUCAUCGUCCCACUAUGCUCCUGCGACAUCCCCCCCAUCUGGAAGAGCAUCUUUCUGUGGCUGGGCUACUCCAACUCCUUCUUUAACCCUCUUAUAUACACCGCCUUUAAUAAGAACUACAACAAUGCCCUGAGGAACCUCUUCUCCAGGCAGCGCUGA